UUUUUCUCGCCAAUUUAGGGUUUUUAGAUCGUCGAUAGGGCAAUGAGCGCGGAGGAGGCCUCGACGACGGCAGCUCCCAGCGCGGCGGCCACGGUUCACAUUCGCUGCUCCAACGGCACCAAGUUCUCGGUCACGGUGGAUCUCAAGAGCACAGUCCGCGGAUUGAAAUCCCUCCUCGUCGAGCGCUCCGAGGUCCCGGCCGAUCAGCAGCGCCUAAUCUACAAGGGACGCGUGCUCAAGGAUGAGAAUUCCCUCGACAGCUACGAUCUACAAAACGAUCACACAGUCCACCUCGUCCGCGGCGCCCCGCCUCCCGGCGGCGCACCGGCCGCGCCAUCGCCAGCGUCCCCAUCCCCAGCAGCGGCUCCCCCGGCAGCAGCUCCUCCCGGCGGGAUUGGGGCCAACAUGCACGGUGGAUUCUUCGGCGGGGCCGCGGCGCCGCUGGGCACCGCCACGACGCUGCCCGAGUUCCAGCAGGUCCAGCAGCAGCUGAUGCAAAACCCGAACCUCAUGCGCGAGAUGAUGAACAUGCCCGCCAUCCAGAGCCUGAUGAGCAACCCGGAGCUGAUGCGGACGCUCAUCAUGAACAACCCGCAGAUGCGCGAGAUCAUCGACCGCAACCCCGACCUGGCGCACAUCCUCAACGAUCCCGCCACUCUCCGCCAGACGCUCGACGCCGCCAGGAACCCGGAGCUCAUGAGGGAGAUGAUGAGGAACACCGACCGGGCCAUGAGCAACAUCGAGGCCUCGCCCGAGGGGUUCAACAUGCUGCGGAGGAUGUAUGAGACCGUCCAGGAGCCGCUGCUCAAUGCCGCCACCAUGGGUGGCACCGGGGCCGAGGGAGCCGACGCUCAGGCCAAUCCUUUUGCCGCUUUGAUGGGAAGAGCUCCAGCGGCUACCACGGCGCCAGCGGCCGGGACUGGCGAUCCGAACCAAACACCAGCGGCGGGGACGGGAGCUACCGUGCUUCCCAACACCGCUCCUCUUCCAAAUCCUUGGAAUCCCGCGGCGAGAGAGACGACCACCACCCCAGGACAACAACUCGGUACGCUUCCGCCUUUGGGAUUUCUCGGAGGCAUGGGUGAUGGUAACGCUGGAGGCUUGGGCGCGCUGGGCGGGCUUGGAGGACUGGGUGGGAUCGAGCAGAUGUUGCAAAACCCGGGAAUGCUACAGGCAAUGCAGUCAGUUCUUUCCAACCCCCAGUACGUUCAGCAGGUCCUUAACAUGCAUCCGCAGCUCCGGAAUAUACUGAAUGCCAACCCCCAGUUCAGAGAAAUGAUGCAAAACCCAGAGUUUCUCCAGCAGAUGACCAGUCCGGAGAGCUUACAGCAAAUGCUUGCGCUCCAGCAGAGUUUGCUAGGCCACCUUGGUCGACAGCAGCCAGGGCAGGACCAAGGCUUGGGCCAAGGAGGCUUGGGAGGAGCCGCUGGCAAUGUCGAUUUAAACUCGUUGCUAGGAAUGUUUGGCGGCCUUGGAAGCAAUUUUGGUGCGACUCCCGAAGUGAACGCUCUACCCCCGGAGGAACUGUAUGCGACGCAGUUAUCGCAACUUCAAGACAUGGGUUUCUAUGACACGCAAGAAAACAUCCGCGCCUUGUCGGCAACCAAUGGCAAUGUACAUGCAGCUGUUGAGCGUCUGCUAGGAAAUCCUUGAGACGAGAUUUCAAUCGAAACAAAAAAGAAAAAAAUCAGAGGGGCAUGAUUACAUGUCUUUGGUCUCAUUGCUUUCUUUUCUCUUUUUUUCUAUAAAUUCUCUAUGGCAUUCCAUAA